GGGGGUGGAGUGGAGUGGGGGGCUUGGAAACCGAUCCGCUCGGGAGGGCUCUCUCGCACACAUUGCCUACACACAAUGUUCCGUGCUGGCGAGCGGGGCGUCCUCCCUCUCCACUCCUCUCCUAAAAACACACUGGGCGCGUCUUGUAAGAUUACCGCCGGAGAUCUCCCACACACUCUCUGAAAAAGACAUACAAACACAAACUCAUCAGGGGGAGACGAACCAGCUGAGAUUUGUUUUCAAACUGUCCCCCGAUGGCUGCGUGACAGGUCCGCUGAACGCACAAGAAGACGCACACGGUUCCAGGAUUUGGACUGCCUCGCGCAUCUCUUUUCCUGUCUUGAGUCGGUUUUUAUUAUCGUGUGUUGAGAUCUCCGUUCUAUCAUGGAUACCUACAGCGCCUUCACCGCUCUACUUUUACUUCUGGCUUCGUUAAAUAAUGUGUCAACCGUGCAGUUCCCAUCGCCACUUCUGAUAAAGGAAUGGGUGGAGCAGAUGCAGCAGGAGCUGGUCACACUGACGGACACAGCCAGCAGAGUGCAGAACCUCACACAGAUCUUCCAGAGCCACAGGAAGUACUUCAGUGUGGGGUCCAACGAUGCCAGCCAGCUGGUGGCUAAUGCAGCGGGGAACAUCGAGAAUCUCCUGACCAACCGUUCUCGUGCUCUCAAGACACUGGCAUCCGCUGCAGAGGAUUUUCAGAUGUGGCAUCGGUGGAAAAAUGAUCCUGAGCCUGAUGACAUCCAUUACUACUAUGCCAAAGAAAACCUGGACUCAAAUGAUACAGAGGUCAAGAAGCCAAACCGGCUUUAUCCAGAGUUUAAGGAAGACGAGCAAUUUAGACGCCUCAUCUCCUACAACACCACAGCAGUCCACAUACCCACGGACAUAUACGAGGGCUGUGAGUACACACACACACACACGCAUUGUACAGUAUUUAUAGCAUGUUUCCAUGACAUUUUGGUCAGUCAGUUUCUCAGAAUGUGUGUAGUAGUCAGCUGAUGGUCCGGCCAAUGC